CUACGCUUCUCAGUCGCUGCAGUCACGCUCUCUCCCUCUCUCGUGCGUUGCAGCCAAUGCUCUACUCACCCCAAUGCACUGGCGAAGCGCGCUCUCAGGAGAGCCUGUGCACGAGGCGGGAGGUAUGCACGUCAGCUGCCCGCGAGUCAGUGAGGGUCUCUCUACUACCGGCUGCACGCAGACCCGGUAGGCUAGGAAAAUGAAAUAGAAGUCACUAACUUGCAAGGGCAAUAUACCUGCUCCCUUUUGGAACGACUGGAGAUCUUUAUUUUGCCUUUCAUUUCGUAUAAGCUGUUGCACUGGAUUUUCCCUAUUUCUAAAUAACGGGAGCAAAAAUGGAUUUCGAGGAAAAACCAACUGUACAAUAACGUUAAAUUGCACAAUUUUAUUCUUGCACAACGACUUGGUCAGGUGCGGAUGCUGAGGUUUGGUGCCUUGAUUUAAAACAUUUUAUGUCAGUACUUUUGCCCGAAUUGGAAUUAUACGCAUGGAGAAGGCUACGCCGCCACAGUCUCUGGUUCAGCUGACGAUGUCCAAGAGCGCCGAAAGUCCGGCGGAGGACAUCUCCAAGCUGUCGGACGAGGAUCUGUUGAAGUGGAGCAAGGAGGACCUUGUGCGGAGACUCCGAAGGGCGGAAGCUGACAAGAUGAGUAUAAUUUUGGAACACGGGAAUUUGAUCCGCGAGGUGAACCGCAGCCUCCAGCUCCACCUGAACGAGAUCAGAGGGCUAAAGGACGUGAACCAGAAGCUGCAGGAGGACAACCAGGAGCUGCGCGACCUGUGCUGUUUCCUGGACGACGACCGGCAGAAGGGCAAGCGGGUGUCGCGGGAGUGGCAGCGGCUGGGCCGCUACAGCGCCGGCAUUAUGCGCAAGGAGGUGACGCUCUACCUGCAGCGGCUGAAGGAGCUGGAGGCGCGCCAGGAGGAGGUGCUGAAGGAGAACCUGGAGCUGAAGGAGCUGUGCCUGAUGCUGGACGAGGAGAGGGGGUCCGGCGGGCUGGCGGGGGGCGGGGCGGGGGGCUGCCGAAGCUCCAUCGACAGCCAGAGCAGCCUGCUGGUCCCCGGGGCGGGGCUCCUGCGGGACGUCGGGGACGGGAGCAGCACCUCCAGCGCCGGGAGCACGGACAGCCCCGACCACCUGCACCACAAGCAGCAGCUCCCCGACCACCUGCAGCGGGGGCCCCGCGGGGCCGGCGGCCCCGGGCUGUGCGGGGAGGGCCCCUGCCCCGAGCACCCGGGCCGGCUCCGGAGCACCAGCCUGGACUACCCCUUCACCAUCCCGCCGCCGUCCCGCCCCCGCUGCGGCUCCGUGUCCAGCCCCGACCACCGCUCGCUGCGCGGCCACAGCCCCGAGAAGCUGGGCAAGGGCCUCGGCCGCCGCAGCCCCGAGCAGAGGCCCCCCCACAAGCUCCUCCUGGGCUCCUGCCCCGGCAGCCCCGAGCACUACCCCAAACACCGGGGCGGCGGGUUGGGGAGCGCCUGCGGCAGCCCCGAGCCCAAGCAGUCCCUGCCCGGGACGCCCGACCACCACCAGAAGGGCCGGGUGGGGCUGGGCAGCCCCGAGCCCCUCAGGCACCAGUACGGGCCCGGCGGCGGGGAGCACGUCAAGUUCGGCAGCCCCGGCAGGGAGGCCCCGCAGAGGAGGCCCGUGGGAGACGAGCUGUCGCCGCAUCACAGGAGCCUCUACAACGGCAUGAACGCUUUGAUAUCGGCGGGUUGCUGCACUACGAACUGCAGAAGUGUAAAGCUUUGGGACAGCUUCGACGCGUCCUCUUGACCCUAGCCCUCCCCGGACGUGCGCGGAGAGGCUUUUUCGCCAGCCCCCUUCAGAGGCGAAACCCGGUGAACCCC